CCUGUCUCGGGCAGUUUAAGGCCCGCCCUUUGGGGGCGGCUGCCUCAGCCCUGGGACCUGCUUAGGGCUCCCUAAGACUGGGAGCUGCAGAGGAGCUUUCAGCCCAGACACUGCUCUGAGACUCCAGUCUAUUCUGUCACUUGCUGUCAUGCUGUAUUCUGGGAGAAGGUGGAAGGAAGGAGAGAGACCUGGGAGCAGCAGAGCAAGCUAUCCUGGCAACCGAGCCCUUCGAAUUUAGCCUCAAUGUACUCGGAGAUCCAAAGGGAGAGGGCAGACAUUGGGGGACUCAUGGCUCGGCCAGAGUAUAGAGAGUGGAAUCCAGAGCUCAUCAAACCCAAGAAGCUGCUGAACCCUGUGAAGGCCUCCCGAAGCCACCAGGAGCUACACCGGGAGCUGCUCAUGAACCACAGAAGGGGCCUGAGUGUGGACAGUAAGCCUGAGCUGCAGCGGGUCCUUGAGCACCGUCGCCGGAAUCAGCUGAUCAAGAAGAAGGAGGAGGAGCUGGAAGCCAAGCGGCUUCAGUGCCCCUUCAAGCAGGAGUUGCUGAGAAGGCAGCAGAGACUCAACCAGCUGGAAAACCCACCACAGAGAGAAGAGGACCACGCCCCUGAGUUCAUCAAAGUCCGGGAAAACCUGCGCAGAAUCACCACGGAGGAGAGAGCACUGUAGCGUUCCCUCCACUCAGCUCCUGACACUCACUCUGGCCCAGACCUCCUCCAGCCCUCCUGAACCAGAAGGCCCUGGCACAUGGUGAUGCGAGCAAGGCAGACCUGAGAGGCUGGCUGUCCCUGGGAAGCUAGGGACCUCCCACCCCAUAGGAAAGUCUCUGUACAGACUUGUCCUUCAGAGCACCUAGCCUCCCCGUGCUAAGAGGAAGUCACUGCCAGGAAAGACUUGCCCGAGGUGCCCUCCCUAAUCCGACUCACUGAGUAGGCUUCCUUAGCAGAAGUGGGAAGGAGGGCCAAGUGUCCCUCCAUUCUGUCCUAGCUUCCCUAACAAGCCCCUGCUUUGGGGAGCAUCUCAGCUCGGGCUUGACCUGAGGCCAAGAAUGUCUUGGAAACCACAGAGCAAAGAAGGGACCUGUCUGUGGCAAGGAAGGGCGUGGGAGGCCACAGCAGGCUGUGGCCAGGUGGGAGAAGUCCUAACCAAGGCAGCUUCAGGCCUUGCAGGCUUGCCUCAUGCUUCGGCCUUUUUCUUCCUGUCCUGCCCUCCCUGAAUUGCUGACCACAUCUCACCUCAGUGCUCCAGCUUCCAUCUUAGAACAGUGCAUUGCCAACUUUACUAUAUAUACAAAUCAGAGUCCUGUAAACAAUCUCUGGAAGCUUCAGGUCUAACACUCUCCCUGGGGAAGCCCAGGACACUGGUUUGAGUAGAUAGCUAGGCUGCAGCACGCAAGAGUGGUACAUUUUAGAAAUAUCCAACUCUCUUGGCUCCCUGGCCUGGAGGUCUCCAAUGCCAUCUCUAAAGCCCCCAAAAUCCUUCACUCACUAUACAUACCCUAACACACACACACACACACACACACACACACACACACACACACACACACACACACGGACCAUUGGCCUGGAAAACUCUAGCCUAGCAAAUCCAAAUGUUCUUGUGAUUGUAACUGCCAAUCUUCGGUCUUUACUGGUGUAACCACAAUACUUCUAGCCAAAAAAAAAAAAAAAAGAAAAGAAAAAAAAACUUAGCUUUUUGGAAAACAGAUA